AUGCUGUGCCUGCGCGCCCGGUUUGCUCUAAUAACGGCCGUCCAAGCAAUGAGCUCUGUGACAGUGACCACAUCCUCCUCCAAGUCUCCGGGGCUGCAUGCAGCAGCUGGCCAUGACGAAUGCACCAGAAGCCCGCUGCUACAGAGGCUGCUGGCGGUGCCUGGCUCCGUCCAGAGCCGAGUGAACGACCUGCUGCUGCUGCGGCCUGAACCUGAGAGCUGUCCAGAGGCGAAGGAGAGGAGCAUCAACAGGCAUGUUGUGUUUUUCCACGGGGAUAUUCAGAACUUCCAGGAGGAGAUGGCUCUGCAGCCAGAUGGAGCUCAGUGGAUGUCUUGGAGUCUGGAGCAGGUGGCCUUCAUCCUGGGCCGACGUUUCCCCGACAGAUACAUCUGGGUGGUCAAAGCUUCACACAUGUAUCUGCACAAGUUCUGCUGCUACCGCAACUUUGUGGAGAGCAACAUGUUCGGGGCGCCAGAGUACUCGUCUGACUAUGGAGCAUUUGUCCACCUCAGGGCGCUGCUCAGCCACGGCAUGACGCGUGCCAAUCUACCAAACAACCUCCAGCCACAAGGAGGUGCCGACGGCAUCCCCUCAGGGUUUUCACUGACUCUGGUGGGCUUCAGCAAAGGCUGCGUCGUGCUGAACCAGAUGGUGCACGAGCUGGGCAGAGCCAGAGCCGACCCACACAUGACCCCUUUCAUCAAGUGCAUCUCGGCCAUGUACUGGCUGGACGGCGGACACCCGGGGGGCAGCGAGACCUGGGUGACGGACAAGCAGGCGCUGAAGGAGCUCGCCGCCAGCGGAGUGUCAGUCCACGCCCACGUGACUCCUUACGAGGUGUGCGACCCGAUGCGGGCCUGGGUGGGUCGCGAGCACGGACACUUCAUCACGACCCUGGAGGAGUUUGGGGCGUGUCCAAGCAAGAAGCUGCACUUUGAGGAUGAGCCGCCCUCCAUCGAGAACCACUUCAGGGUCAUCCAGGAGUUUUGAAGAUGUGAUCUCAUGGACACACACAAACGCACAUACACACAUACUGAGCUGAAUGUUUGAACAUCGCUGAGCGCUUUUUACAUUUUUAGAACACAGACUGUGUUUUAUUGGCUGAUUUACCUCAAUCUUCUGGCAUUAGAGCAUGUGUGCUGUACUUUAUUUCCAUUGGACUGCUGAAUGCACUUAAUCUGAGGUGGAGUGAUCAGGUCGUCUUCCUCCUUCUCGUCUGUGGCCAGAGUAAGAAUGUGCAAGUGUGAAGGGGGGAAAAAAACAUAUCUCGGAACAUUUUAAAAGAGAUGGUUCAAGUUUUUUUUUUAUGUGAUAUUCAGAGGCACAGUCUGAGGAGAUUUUAGCCACUUAACAUGAGACUAAAUCUAAGACAUCUUUAGUCUACAGUAUCUUAAGGAUAUGUUCACUGAUUAAUCUCACUGCUAAACAGUUGUUUUCAGCUUAAAGAUUGAAGUUUCUGUUGCUGCGCCAGAGUCCAUAGAGAAAAUCGUUAUUUUAAGCUCACUGGGACACAGGAGUUAUUGGUCUUCUGCUCGUCAUUUUGCUAAAUUAGUGUCACUUUAGUAAAUCAGAACCAAGGCUUUCACAUACUGAAGUCACAGCGUAACACAUUUGACGAUGGAUCUUCAACUCCUGUGUGCCGUGAUGUAUGAUCACUGCUUUUCUCCAUGGACUUUGGUGUAGGGAGUGAAGCAGUUUAAGAAGCAGCUUAAGCAGCAGGUAAAGGUUUUGUUAGGGGAGCCUUCUGUAAAAGGUCAUACCAACAUGUCCCUGGGCAAGAUAUAUAACUCUAAUGGUACUGUACUGUAAUGUACUGUCAAGUACUAGAUCACAACUAUUAACUGCCGUUUGCUGCACGGCAGAAAAAUCAAUUCCCAUGAUCCUCCGCUGCUUAUCAAACGAGGUCAUUUGUUAUUGUUUUGACCUAAUGAUAUACUGUGUGCAUGGAAGCAGCUGAGCAUGUCCCCCUGUCCCAUGCUGGUUCUCGACUCACGGCACAGUGUCACAAUCAGAUAGAACCACACUUCAGAAAACCUGAACUGUCUCUUUUGAUGCAUGAUCGAUUUAAUAAUAUUGAGUUAUUAUUUGCAGGCGUUGUUUCAGAGUUUGAUCUGCUACUGACUGACGUGUUAAGAGUGAGUGUAGCACUGAUUUACUUCAUGUUUAACUGACACAGUCUUUGUGCCUGCACUGGUGCUCAGUUACUGUUUUUGACUGUUUAAAAAGGGAUAGUUGAGGUUGCACAAAGUAGUGGUUUAUCCGCCUGUUAAUGGUGUUUUAUCUCGUCACAUAAGACGAAAAGUGAACAUUUUCUUAAGUUGUGAAGUUUUUUUUUUUUUAGGUUCGUCUUUUGUUGAGGAGCUAAAAUUAGUUUUCCUUGUUGCUCCGAGUCCCAGCCGGCAAUGUACAAUUAUCUUAUGUAACCUUUAUACUACAGUGCCCCGAACUAUCCCUUUAACUGUGGCCUAUUAAUGAGGCCAGGUGCUUUGUUUCUGUCACUCCUUCAGUGAGUUCAUCUCCUUCUGUAAGAGGGAAAAAAAAAGAAACAAAAACCAAAAUGUGGAACCUUUUUUUUGUUUUUUAACAAAUCUGCCAUUUUAAAGAGUGAACAGAUAAUGUAGCAUUUGACAUAAUCUCCUGAUGACGAGGUGACUGCUGUUUAAUGAAGUGAAUAAUAACAGAACAGCAAACAUCAGCUGAUUUCACAAUGAACUUAUUUAUGUCAGUUUUUCUGAAUUUAACUGUAAAAUCUCCACGUUGUAUUUAUUUCCAGAUAACAAAUUAGUUUUAAAAAAUAAUUCAAACCAGCACUAAGGUGAAAAUCAUGUUUACGUAGUUUUUUUUUGCUGAUGACUGUGUUGGAAGCAUGUGUUCUCAUGCUUUUUGUUUUUAGCUUAUGUAGCCUCUUUGCACUACGCUGAUGGCUGAAUGUAACUUCUAAGCAUUCCGUAACGUUUACCACUAUUAAACUCUGUUAUAAACUC